AUGCCCAAGCUCCGCCGCAGCAGGCUGAGGACGGUCCUCUCCAUAGUCGCAGCUCUGUUCCUGGUUAUUGGUGUCUUCAAGAUCAAUUGGACUCCAGCGCCCGCCUCCGUGGUAGUCCCGAAUACUGCAUUUGAAGUACCUCUCACUGAACGUCAAAAUGUAUUCUGGAAGGGCUUUAAGCCGAUCCUAGAAGCCAACUCUCCGAACUGUCCUCCACCUGCUCAUGAGCAAAACGCCGACUCUAUUCACUUCAAUGCUACCACGACUGAAGUCCGGCCCGAUCUAACGUUCAUGGACGAAAGCAGCGUGUCAGCGAUGCAAGAUGCACAUGCGCGGUUCUUACACGAUAUCGAGGAAACUAAACGUCUGAAACCGGUCCAUGCUCCUGGUACCCGAGGCAUAGUGUCGACUGCUGGAGGCCAGUAUUUUCCGGUGUUUCUUGCUACUUUGCGGAUGCUACGACGUACCGGCUCGAAGCUACCGGUGGAGGUGUAUAUGAAGGAUGCAGACGAGUACGAAGAGAAUAUUUGCGAGGAUGUGCUUCCGAAGUUGAACGCGCGGUGUCUGAUUCUUUCAGAUGUGGUCGGAAAAGAUCCCAUAGAGCAUUUUCAGCUCAAGGUUUUUGCGGUACUUCUUUCGUCUUUCGAGGAAGUCGUCUGGAUGGAUUCCGACUGCUUCCCUCUCCAUGAACCCGACCUGUUAUUUGAUUCAGACAUGUUUAAGUCAAUGGGCAUGAUCACUUGGCCCGACUUCUGGCAGUCCUCAGUUUCACCUGUCUACUAUCGCAUCUCAAACCAGCCGGAAAUUCCCAUGAAUGCACGCCAGACCACCGAGGCUGGUGUUUUCCUUAUCUCGAAAAAGUCCCACUUGCGGACGCUAUUGCUGUCAGCUUAUUACAAUUACUACGGGCCGUCUCAUUAUUUCCGCUUGUUGUCCCAAGGUGGACCGGGCGAAGGCGACAAGGAAACUUUCCUUCAAGCUGCAUCUGCAGUUCAGGAGCCAUUCUAUGCUGUGAGCGAGAGGGUACAGGCGGUUGGCCAUCCGGCGCCGAACGGCCUAUCCGGCUCCGCUAUGGCCCAGUCAGACCCAAUUGAAGACCAAGCUCUGGUUAGUCAGGGGCUCCUUCGGGUGCUCGAUCCUAGUGUGGCUCAGGCCCCACGGGUUUUUUUCAUCCAUGCCAAUUACCCCAAGUUUAAUCCAGGAGGAAACGUCUGGGGAACAGAAUUCGAGACUGCACCGACAGUCCGGCCUGAUGGGUCCGACGGACGGGCAUGGAUUGUCCCGGAGGAUGUCAUCCAACGAUUUGGUUAUGAUGCCGAGAAGGCAUACUGGGAAGAACUCAAAUUCAUCAGCUGCGCUCCAGACAUUGAGUUCCAGACCUGGACCUCCAAAGGCAAAAUAUGCCACAAGGUCGGACAAUACUGGGACAAUGUCUUUGCAGAGCCGCAUGACGAUGAUUUUCAAUGGGGUUGAUGAUUCCAGCAACAUUGGUUUGCAAACUUGAUGAUUCUACGCAUUUACGAGCGACGACUGCUGACACAGCUGUACUAUAUCGCGUAAUCUUUUUAUCUUGUAUAUUACGACCUAGAAUAUAAUAGAAGCCAAUGGUCAAAAGGGUCAAAAUUGAGAUUGCAAUUCGAUUUUCAUCAAUCAUAUCG